UGUAAGCGGCGCGAGCCGACCCAAACAAGAGGCGCUGUUGACAACUCCUCAACACGACACCAACGACGGCAAAUAAAAGUUCUAGCUGACUGUACAUGUUCUCUGCUGACAAUGUCUGCCCUCUGCUGACAAUGUCUGCCCUCUACUGACAAUGCCUGUCCUCUACUGACAACAGCUGUCCUUUGCCGACUACAUCUGUCUUUACUGACUGUAUCUGUCGUUUGCUGGACCAUAGCUGUCGUCUGCUGACAUCUGGUCUCUGUUGAGCACCGCUGCCCUGUGCUGCCCACAGAUGUCUUGUUUAUAACUGACCUCCGAUGUCUCCAGUCAUCUUCCUCUUGCCCAUAGCUGUCGUCUGCUAACGUCGGCUGGAGUUGAUUCAGAACGGCAGGCCUCACCCCAGUACCUGAAAGAGGCACCCACCAGUACCCGAAGAAGGCACUCACCAGUACUUGAAGGAGGCACCUGAAGGAGGCACCCACCAGUACCUGAAGGAGGCACCCACCAGUACCUGAAGGAGGCACCCACCAGUACCUGUAGCAGGCACCUACCAGUACCUGAAGGAGGCACCCACCAGUACCUGAAGGAGGCACCCACCAGUACCUGUAGCAGGCACCUACCAGUACCUGAAGGAGGCACCCACCAGUACCUGAAGGAGGCACCCACCAGUACCUGUAGCAGGCACCUACCAGUACCUGAAGGAGGCACCCACCAGUACCUGUAGGAGGCACCCACCAGUACCUGAAGGAGGCACCCACCAGUACCUGUAGCAGGCACCUACCAGUACCUGAAGGAGGCACCUACCAGUACCUGAAGGAGGCACCCAUCAGUAUCUGUAGCAGGCACCUACCAGUACCUGAAGGAGGCACCCACCAACACUGCUGUCAUCAGUAGGAGAGGGUCGCUCCACUACACUGCGCCUACAAGAAGUACGAGUCGAUGAUGGGAGGAGGUAGUGUGUGUGUCGACGUGAUGGGCACGUGAAGAACUAGAGGCAGUGAACAAGAGGAGCUCUACAGUGUAGUGCAGCAGUGGCAGAUGUGUGCAGUAUAGUAGUAUCUGGAAGAACAUAUUGGUGUGGUCUUGAACAUUUUGACACCUGGGUUAAUGGUUCCAUAAGACUGCAGGCAGUUUCUGCACAAUAUUUUCCUCCAAAAAGGCACUACAAGUAUUGGUGAUGCGUCGCGCUUCUGGAUUACCCUUCUGCAGGAGGCCACUUCGUAAUACUAUCUAUGUUUUGUCCUGUGUUGGGGCAUUUAUGCUUGGAAGUUUGUCGACUUUAAUGACAGUUGAUCCAAUGAGGUGUGAUAUUCAUCAGUGUACAGAAAAAAUCAAACACAUAGAUGUAGAAGAUUCAAACCGUUGGCUUGGCAUGUGGGGCCAUCAAAACGCAGGAUCUGAAAAGAGUGUUUUCCUUGUCAUUGUCUUGUUAAGUGCCCCAGUUAACGUAGAGCAGAGAAAUGUGAUCAGGCAGACAUGGCUUAGUGAAGAAAAGUCAGACACGCUUCAUUUAUUUGUUCUGGGUGUCAAUAGCUUAAAUGAAGACCUCAACACAACUAUUCAAUCUGAACAAAAAAGAUUUGGAGACUUACUGUUGUUAAAUAAUGUUAUUGAUUCCUAUCAAGCUCUAACUAAGAAGCUUUUGGCUUCUUUUGUACAUGUACAUUAUAAUGUUAAGUUUAGAUUCCUGCUGAAAUGUGAUGAUGAUACAUAUGUUCAGGUUUCACAGCUUCACAAGGAACUAAAGAGUGUGCCAUAUAAGCAGCGUUUAUAUUGGGGAUUUUUUGAUGGACGUGCAACUCCUAAAAAAAGUGGUCCUUGGAAAGAGGCAGAUUGGGUGUUGUGUGAUAGAUAUUUACCAUAUGCAUUAGGGGGUGGAUACGUUUUGUCGUCUGAUGUUGUCACAUUUGUUGCAACAAAUUCAAAGUAUUUGAAACUCUACAGAAAUGAGGAUGUUUCUCUUGGAACUUGGCUAGCUCCUUUAGACCUGCAUAGAGUACACGAUACCAGGUUUGAUACAGAAUAUAAAUCUCGGGGCUGCAAUAAUGAAUACCUGGUUACUCACAAGCAGAGUACUCUGCAUAUGCGUGAAAAAUAUAAUUCCCUAAAGGCCACUAGCCUACUUUGUCGUGAACAGUUCCAAGUUCAUAAGUCAUAUAAAUAUAACUGGAAUGUGCCUCCUUCACAGUGCUGUAUUAGAAAUGAUUCUUCAAUCCCAUAAAAAUAUUAAUCUUU